GUACUUGGAACGAUUGGGACGAUUCUCUGGACCGGCCAGAUUUUGCCUCAGUUGUGGGAAAGUUGGAAGACCAAAUCGACUGAGGGUCUCUCUGGCUUAUUAAUGUUCGCUCCUGCCUGUGAACCAACUUGCACAUACAAUAUCGUCCAACGUAUAAAUAUACCCUUGAUAAUACAGCCGCAGUUGUUUGGCGCUUUGGCGGCCGCGUCGUGGUGCCAGUGCCUUUAUUAUAGCGGGAGGUUACCCAAGCGCAUGGCUUAUCUAGUAUUGCUGGUCUACCUAUGCUUAUUUGCUGGAUUUGAGGCGGGGAUGACUUGUCUCAUUCGAGCACUUCUGGCGAUUUUACAAUCCUUCGGAAUCACCGCUGCCGCCUUGAUAUCCGUAGGUCUGAUACCCCAAUACAUAGAGAUCUGGAGAUUGGGCGAAGUCAGAGGAAUAUCUAUGACAUUCAUGAUCAUUGACAUCCUCGGUGGCGUAUUUUCCUUACUUUCUCUCGUCUUCCGGAAACACUUCGACGUGACAGCCAGCGCGAGCUAUAUCGCCGUCAUUGUUUUGGAUGGGGUCGUUGUCCUGUGCCGGAUCAUUCUCAAUCCGCUGGCCGAAAGGCGGCGCCAGAGAUCUGUGUCUGCUGAACCAAAUUACGACGAACCUCCAAUUGAGGAAGCAGCUACAUUGAGGGAUGGAAAUUCGUUGGGAAAUUGGAAGGCAGCUGAGUCGUGAACGAAGGAUCAGAGUGUACCAAUAAUGGCAGCCGGCAACGGUGCGUUGCACGACCAACGCGACACUCCGCUGGACAGUCAUCGAUUAAGAUUGAGGAUCAUUUGGGCUAGAUUGUAAUUCGUUUGGUAAUCUCACGACAAAGCGUUUGAUUAGCCGCGCGCUGUAAAUAUGUACAUAGUUGAUGGUCGUACUACUUCUCCGCCCCUU